AUAGUCGACACCGAAACAUUCAUUUUUGUAUCACGCUGAAAUUUCUGAUAUUUUCCCAUUUAAAAAAUCAAAUCAAUUUUAUUUUUUUCAAAAAUGGAUGUCAAACAACAAAUUAAUGAAGAAUUGAAUAAAUUCCAAACAAUAAGAAAUCAAUGUAAAAAAAUACUUUCGCAACGUGGCCAAUUAGAAAUACAAUUGAAUGAGAAUAAACUUGUCAAAGAGGAAUUGGACCUACUCGAAGAUGGAGCGAAGACGUUUAAACUAAUUGGACCAGCAUUAAUAAAAAUUGAAUUAAAAGAAGCUCAAGAUAAUGUGAACAAUCGUAUCAAAUAUAUUACCGAAGAAUUAAAACGAUAUGAUCAAACAUUGGAAACGUUGACUAAACAACAGGAUAAACAUCGUGAGGCUGUUAUGAAAUUGGAGCAAGCAACACAACAAGCCAUGUCAGCCGCCGUAGCAUCAAAUCCAAAAUAAAUUCAUUUGAAAUAUAAUUGUAUUUUUUCUUUUUCUCUUUUCAUUUGUUUGACAUUAAUUGU